UCAAAUGAAUGAAGCAACAUGCUAAUAAGAGGGAGUAGCAAGGUGGUUGUCCGUGUACUCGCAUCGCCUCCGACGGAUAAGCUCGCUCGCCUUCGCAUCGCUGGACUACCGCACCUUGCUUCUGCCGAUCGCCGCGAUGGACCGUGAGACAGUUGUCAUCGUCUCUGCAGCAAGAACCCCGAUAGGGUCGUUUAAUGGAGCAUUCUCCACUCUGCCUCUUCAUGAGUUGGCCUCCGUGGUUAUCAAGGACGCGCUUCAGCGGGCCGGCGUGACCCCGGACCAGGUGUCAGAGGUCAUCAUGGGUCACGUGCUCACCGUGGGCCUGGGGCAGAACCCUGCGCGCCAGGCGGUGGCGGCGGGUAUCCCGUACGCGGUGCCCGCCUGGAGCUGCCAGAUGGUGUGUGGGUCGGGCCUGAAGGCUGUGUGUCUGGGCUGCCAGGCCAUCCAGACGGGCGACGCCACCGUGGUGCUGGCGGGGGGCAUGGAGAGCAUGAGCAGGGCUCCCCAUACUGUCCAGAUGCGCUCGGGGGUGAAGAUGGGAGACACGCCCCUCCAAGACUCCAUCAUUGCUGACGGCCUGACCGACGCCUUCCACUCCUACCACAUGGGCAUCACAGCGGAGAACGUGGCGAAGCAGUGGGCGGUGACGCGAGCGGAACAGGACCAGUUCGCCGUCGCUUCCCAGAACAGAACCGAGGCCGCGCAAAAGGCGGGACACUUCGACCGCGAGAUCGUCCCCGUCACCGUCCCGUCACGCAAAGGCCCUGUAGAGGUGCGUCAGGACGAGUUCCCGCGCCACGGCAGCAGCCUGGACGCCAUGACCAAACUCAAGCCAUGCUUCCUGAAGGACGGCUCCGGCACCGUCACCGCCGGCAACGCCUCAGGAAUCAAUGACGGCGCUGCAGCUACUGUGCUCAUGAGCCAGUCAGAGGCUCAGAGGCGGGGCUUAAAGCCAAUGGCACGAAUCGCCUCCUGGGCUCAGGCGGGCCUGGACCCGUCAGUCAUGGGCACUGGGCCAAUCCUGGCCAUCAGGAAGGCGGUGGAGAAGGCGGGCUGGAAGCUGGAAGAGGUAGACCUGUUUGAGGUGAACGAGGCCUUUGCUGCCCAGUCUGUAGCAGUGCUGAAGGACCUCGGCCUCAACCCAGACAAGGUGAACGUGUCGGGUGGGGCCAUUUCUCUGGGUCAUCCUCUGGGCAUGUCCGGCUGCCGCGUGCUGGUCACCCUACUGCACGCGCUCCAACGGACCGGCGGCAAGAGGGGUGUGGCCUCACUGUGUAUCGGAGGAGGAAUGGGCAUCGCCAUGUGUGUGGAGACCGUCUGAUGGACUGAGCACACACACACACACAUACAAACACACACAUUAUGGGUUAGCCCUUAUGACAUAUCUGGUGUUGUGAGCUUCUGCUUCUGAUGCUUUAUAAACAAAUGCCUUUAAAAGACUCUUCUGACUCUGACUCGUAUGGCAUUUAGGACUCAUUCUGACUUGGACCCUUCUGACUCCUUUAACUCUCUCCUGAUUCUUCUGACUCUUUCAACUCUUUUCUGACUGUUUCGACUCUCUGAUUCUUCUGACUCCUUUGACUCUCUUUCUGACUGGUCUUUGAUGACCAUAGCAGUUCUGUCUUGUGUGUCGACCUGUUGGGGCCUUAGCCUGGAGGACCUUACAGACCGAUCAGGCCAAGGCCUUGUCAGGUACAUUUAUCUGUCCUUAAAACAUUCCUCACUGUCCUGCUUAUCUUGCAUACUAAACUGUAGUCCAGUUUUCUUCUGGCAUGGGUGGGUCCCUGCCUUUGUGCAGUGAUCUACCUAAUCAAUGUGUGCUGGAAGACAGACCUUAUGCCUGGCCUCAUUAACCCAACAGCUAGCAUCUCCGAAUGUCCUCCCAAACCACCUUCUGUUCAGAUAUUUUCUCCGAAUGUCCUCCCAAACCAACUUCUGUUUAGCUAGCAUCUCUAGAGGUCCUCCCAAACCAGCUUCUGUUCAGCUAGCAUCUCUAGAUGUUAUGUCCCCACCAAACCAGCGUCUGUUCAGCUAGCAUCUUUAGAUGUUAUUUUCCCCUAAACCAGCGUCUGUUCAGCUAGCAUCUCUAGAUGUCCUCCCAAACUAACUUCUGUUCAGCUAGCAUAUCUAGAUGUCCUCCCAAACUAACUUCUGUUCAGCUAGCGUCUCCGAAUGUCCUCCCAAACCAGCUUCUGUUUAGCUAGCAUCUUCAGAUGUCCCCCCAAACCAGCAUCCCCCAAACUAGCUUCUGUUUAGCUAGCAUAUCUAGAUGUCCUCCCAAACCAUCUUCUGUUCAGCUAGCAUCUCUAGAUGUUAUGUCCUCCCAAACCACCUUCUGUUCAGCUAGCAUCUCUAGAUGUUAUGUCCUCCCAAACCACCUUCUGUUCAGCUAGAAUCUCCAGAUGUCCUCCCAAACCAGCGUCUGUUCAGCUAGCAUCUCUAGAUGUUAUGUCCCCACCAAACCAUCUUCUGUUUAGCUAGCAUCUCUAGAUGUCCCCCCAAACUAGCGUCUGUUCAGCUAGCAUCUCCAGAUGUCCUCCCAAACCAGCUGCUGCCCUCAUGUCUCUGCCUGUGUGACUGAGGACCUGAAGGAAACUUGAAACCUCAAUCAAUACUGACACUAACAGCAAAACUGACCACAGGGGGGCGCUAAAUAACUCUUAAGGCCAGUGACAAUGGCAGGCAGGAAUUUAGUGGAGAUAUACAUUAAAUAAAUAAUAUACUGGAGACUCUUCUGGAUGGAAAGGGAAGCUGAUUCAGAGUGUCUGGGUGAAACUAAUCAAAGUAGCUGUCAUCAUAUUAUGCAUUUACAAUGAAGUAGGCCUAUAGGCCCUGUAGUCUGCCAGGGAAAUAUGCCUGUCUUCUGUGUUCUUUGUGCCACCACAGCUAGUCUAGCCUGUGUCAGAUGCUUCUAGUAGAUUAGACUUUUUAAUAAAAUGUAAUAUUGAAUGGAAGUUAUCCCAGAGAAAAUAAUGUUUACAAAAGAAACCAGGGUUGAACUCUGAGGAAGAAUAAAGAUACAACCCCAAAGCACUA